AUGCGGUUAAAAGGGUACCCCCCGCUGCUGCUGGAGCUGCAUGCCACAGAGGCGGAGAUCAAGGCCCUUGAAGCGCUCACCCGCUCUCUCUUCCUUGACAUCUGCACCCUCCGUGAAGAGAAGGCAGCCAUGGCGUAUUCGCGCACGUGGAAGGGGCAUGUGAAGAACAUCUUUGGCUACAUUGGCUCCGCUUACUGUAUUGCCAAGAUGUACACGGCAUCAUGGAUUUUCUUUUGCUUUUUCAACGCCUUUUCGUUCUGCUUCUCCCGCUCAAUUCUGGACCUGUGGUUGCUACUCACGGGUGCUUCGGCUGCCAUCGCCCCCCCUCAGUCCACGCGCACCAUCAUCACCAAGGAGGUGGGCAUGGGUGACCCUGUGACCAGGGCGCUGGGCUUCAUUCUCAAGUUCUUCCACAUCAGCCUCAACGUGCCGCUCGUAUCACAGUACGUCUCGCUGGUGUUCAUAGGAAUCCUUAUCACUGUCUCCAUUAGAGGCUUCCUCACUAACCUCACCAAGCACCGCCACAUCCGUCAUGUUAGCCUCCGCCUUGCCUUCAUUCACCUGCUCACUCUUUUCGCGUCUCAACGUAUAUGUCCUUCCAUACUCUUCCCCUCUCCCCUCGCUCACCACUCCUCCCCUCCCCCUCCUCCGCACCCCUUGCAUUUCCUCUCGGCAGUGUCAGGAGGGGCCAGUUGGGCGUCAGGCAGUCGCUUUUCAAGUACCUUCCCUCACCACUCCACCCGCCACCACCCCCAGUUCCUCUCGGCAGUGCCAGGCGGGGCCAGUGGGGCGUCAAGCAGCGCGUUCCUCUCAGCGGUGUCGGGCGGCGCCAGUGGAGCCUCAAGCAGGGGGCGCCAGUGGGGCGUCAAGCAACGCAGUGCUCUUCGUGUGGUCACCCUCAUACCCCCCCCCCCCAUUCCUUCUCUCCAGUUCCUCUCAGCAGUGUCAGGCGGCGCCAGUGGGGCGUCCAGCAACGCAGUGCUCUUCCUGGCGGAGAUCAUGGGCACCUACUUCGUCUCAUCCAUCCUCCUUAUAAGAAAUAGCCUUGCGCUGCAAUACAGGUGA